UCUUGUAUUUUCAGGAUGCUUUGUGUGUGCCCCCCCCCCAUUUCUGAAUCAGAAUUAAUUUCCCAAAGAAAGUAUAAUGCAACGAAAAGGCCUCAUCAGAACUUAAGAACACAGAAAAUAUCUAGGAAGAAUGAACUUCAUUUGAGAAUGACUGCUAGCAAAGUCAAGGUGGAAGCUGAUCGAUUGAUUAAAGGUGAGCAAGUCAAACCAUUUACACCAGAAGAAGCUAAAGAAAUUGUGAUGACUCUUCAAAAACCAGUGGUCUUCAGCAACAUGACUUUCGAUUGGCCGGUACUUCAUUGGAAUGUUACACAUCUGGCUAGUCUAUUGGCUGGAAAGAAAAUACUUUUUAGAAUAGGAAGGAAGGACACAGCUACGGCUCCUCUCUUUGAAACGGAGUGUGCGUAUGCAGAGGCUACGCUUGAUGAUUUUCUGGCCUGGAGUGGAAGACAGCAACCUUGUCCUUCUGGACCAUUCAGUAGUUAUGAUUUGUGUAAAUACUGGAUGUAUGCUGACUAUAAGUACAUCAAUACGCUAUUUGAAGACAAGCCAGAACAUUUUCAGGAUAUUCGAUGGUCUGACUUUGGAUUUCCUGGAAGAAAUGGAAAGGAGAGCACUCUGUGGAUUGGUUCCACCGGAGCAAACACACCCUGUCAUUUGGAUUCCUAUGGUUGCAACUUGGUGUUGCAGGUGCAAGGCAGGAAAAGGUGGCAUCUGUACCCACCUGAAGACUCCAGGCUACUGUAUCCUACCAGAAUUCCCUAUGAAGAAUCUAGUGUAUUCAGCAAAGUCAAUGUGCUUAAUCCAAAUCUGAGGCAAUAUCCGCUGUUCAAAAAAGCACGAGCCCACGUGGUUACACUUAAUCCUGGCCAGGUCUUGUUGGUUCCUAGACACUGGUGGCAUUAUGUUGAGUCCAUUGACCCCAUCACCGUUAGCAUUAAUUCUUGGAUUGAACGGGAUGCAGAUCAUGAAGCCCGCAUACAAGAGGCAAUAACUCGAACAAUGAUAUGUGCAAUCAAGUCUGCAGAAAAUCCCAGUGACACAGAUUCUUGGCUCAACCCCACAGAGGUUGAAGUAACCUCCCAUAAUACCAACCUUGAGUAUUUAAACAAAGCCGUGUCUUCCUAUUUAGAACAUCAGAAGACAAGUAUAAUUAAGGAGCAGUUCCUUCAAAUGCACAGUACUGAUGGAAUUCUUCAAGAGUCAUACAAGAAGAGGAAAGUACAGAUCGAUACAGAAUCUGAGUGCAUAAAAUCUAAACCCUGUGACUCUGGCAGAACAGUAAUUGAAACAGAAAAGCUGACAACAAUUCCCUUUGGACAGAGCCUUUUUCAGGUUUUACCACAGUCCCAGGAAAUGUAUCCAACAGAAGUAGCUGAACAUGACAAUAAAGACCUUGUCAGUGAAAGUGAGAGACAUUUUGGAAAAUUACAUCCUGCUGGGAAGACAUCUGGGAUGACAACUGAUUCUGGAACCCUUGUGGAGGAUCUAGAAUGCAUGACCACCUUCCCACAAACUCUCAUUUCUACAAAUGAUUUGUUAGAUUGUGCACUGAACCCACAAGUCGUGGGUUUAAUAGCUCGUCUUUUAUUGGAGAAAGUGAAUGUUUCGAAUCUGUUGAAAUAAUGAUAAUUAAAAAAAAACAAUGACAAAAUGUACUCUGAAAGGUCCUGAAAAUUGGAGAACUAGCAAAUAAGAAUUGAAAGGCAUUUUAAAAAGUACAAAUGUAGACUUCCAAAUAAUAUAAUGGUUAAGCCUGUGAAAGGUAAUAUGGGGCAGAUAAUACAGUAGGAACAUAAUGGUAUUGUAUACAGUAGCAGUAAUCAUAAUAAAUACUUCAUUUAAAGAUUUGUAGGCUUUCAUAAUACUGUAUCAUCUUAGGAACUUUUGAAUAGAUCUGUCAGGUUAAUGGCAUUGUUCUGACAUGUUAGACAUGGCUCCUGAAUCAGUUUAUCUAAUCCAAAGGUGAUAUUGAAAAAGUAUUUCCAAUAAGAAGCUUAUAUUCUUACAGAAUUAACACAAAAGAAGUGGGGGACAAUUACUUCUACUUUUCAGGGACCAUCUAAUUCCUACAUGGCAAAUGGACUCUAGUCUCCCCAGAUCUGGGCUAUCAUAAAUACAUUUAAUCUUUGCCAUAUACGGUAUAUCAUCCAUUAUUUUCCAUCUAGUCCAGUAGUGGGUGUUCCAGCUUUCAUGGUGGGUGGUAGGGGUUUUGUACAAUAUUGAAGCACUUUCCUUUUUUUUUUAUUUAAUUGACUUUUUAAAAAAUUUUCAUAGCAUUAUUUAAAAACAUUUUCAUUAGGUUUUCAUAAAAUUCCCUGUGACAAUUUAAAUUUCUGAAAAUAUACUAUUUGUAUCGCCCGCACAUAAGUUUAGUUCACGUUACGUAAGUGAAACUAAAUGGUGCUAUAGUGCUACCGCAAACAAAAGAGUAUUGUCCCAGAAUAGCUCGCGCAUCUCCCCCCCACACCACCCAGUUGUAACAGACAAGCAGAGCUGGUAGCCAGUGCCCCCCCACCCAACCUCAAUCCAUGAUGCGCGAGAGGCAUGCACAGAUUAUGAUACAUGGCGCAUUACUGUGGAACUGGUGGGUGGUUAGAAAAUUUUACUACUAACAGAGAUACAAAAGUGGGCAGUAGGUAU